AAGACGACCGACCGGAGGACCCCGGUCUAAUAAUCGAGGGGAGGAGGAGGAGGAGACCGACGAGGGGAGAGGCAUAGGGGUAGCUCCUAGCUUGGUCCUGUCCGGUCUCCUGCGGCGCAGGUCCGGCGACUGACCGCUUGGCGUCGGCGAUCAAUCGAUCAGAUCCAUCGAUGGGGUACUGGUGGGACCGCGUCGUGCUGCCGGUGCGGAGGGUCUGGCUCGGCGUCGCGUCCCGCUUCGGGGUUCGCCAGACAGGGCUGUGGAGGCUGCGGCAGGAGGUGAGCACGUGCGAGUACGAGGACGUGCACGUGAUGUGGGAGAUGCUGAGCCGCACCACCGCGGCGCCGCCGGCGCCCGCGCCCAGGCGGCACAGCCGGUUCCGGCAGCAGCCCCGGCCGUGGGGCGACAGGUUCCGCCUCUGCCGGGGAUUCUAGGUCAAGGCCGCCGCCGCCGCUACAGCUCCGCUGCUGGGCUUCUAGUUCUUCCUCGCUUCCUUUGACUUUUCUUCUUCUCUGUUUUCCGGUGCUUGUACGUAUGACGUAUCUAUCGAACUCGCUCGAAGUCGAUGGGCUCUGAGAUGUACUUCCAUUCCUCCUCGUGUAUCGAUCCGCCCCUGCCUGCAGAUGAUACCGGGGUAUGUGAAUGAACAGAGCUGUUUAAUUUGGGGGGUUUGCGACUCUUGUCUGUGUUCGUGUUGCAAGAGCAUGGCCUUUCUUCUUUUUCGAA